UCAUCUCACUUGCUCUACAGUCAUCAGCUCAUCUUUUUUUAUCAUUAUUUUAUCGAUAUCGUACCAAAUUUCGUUUCGUUUGCCUUACUUUUCAUGUGGAUAAUCGGAUGAAUUUUGCAUGUUUCUUGACGCACACGUUUGUUGAAAACUAUUCAUUAAUGAUUGUUCGAGUGUGCAUGUUUUAUUGGUGAUGACGAUUUACAUAAUCUAUUUCUGAAUUGUGUAAUAAUGAAGUCAAGAAAUUCGUACCCCGAUUUGGACUUUGACCUAGGUAGGAGGUGAUUAGGUGGAGGUUGGUUAUUGGAUUUAGUGAUGGAAGGGACCAACCAUUUAUGGGAGAUGGUGGCAAUUUUGAAAGAAGACAUCAAGAAACGAGUUGAGAAGAGGGAGGAGAGCAGAUGGUGCGACCGGUUGGGACUUCAAUUCAGCGGUCAACUUCACGGCCACUGCUUGAUCUUAGUGGUGCAGCAAUUCAAGGGAAUUUUGAAGAGAGAGAUCCCACAAUUUUGUUGCCUAAUCAAUCUGAUGAUAUAUCACAUUUGGCACUGGAUAUUGGAGGUUCUCUCAUUAAGUUGGUCUAUUUUUCAAGACAUGAAGACUCUUUAUGCAAUGAUAAGAGAAAGAAGUCUUCCGAAAAGAGAUUUGGUGUUAUCAAUGGUCAUAGGAGGAGUUUCCCUGUUCUUGGAGGGAGGCUUCAUUUUGUAAAGUUCGAAACAACCAAAAUUAAUGAGUGUUUAGAUUUCAUUCAUUCCAAGCAGCUUCAUCGAGGAGAUGAUAACAAUGCAGUUAUCAAGGCUACUGGUGGUGGAGCAUACAAGUUUGCAGAUCUAUUUAAAGAAAGACUUGGGGUUAGCAUUGAAAAAGAAGAUGAGAUGGAUUGUCUUGUAGCCGGUGCAAACUUUUUGCUAAAGGCAAUUCGCCAUGAAGCCUUCACUCAUAAGGAAGGCCAUAAGGAGUUUGUGCAGAUAGACCAUAAUGAGUUGUACCCAUAUCUUCUUGUUAACAUUGGAUCUGGUGUCAGCAUGAUGAAGGUUGAUGGCGAUGGGAAGUUUGAGAGGGUUAGUGGGACAAAUGUGGGUGGCGGUACGUAUUGGGGUUUAGGAAAACUGUUAACGAAGUGCAAGAGUUUUGAUGAACUUCUGGAGGUUAGUCAAAGGGGAGACAAUAGAGCUGUAGACAUGCUAGUUGGAGACAUUUAUGGUGGCUUGGACUACUCAAAGAUUGGACUCUCUGCGUCAACAAUUGCUUCAAGUUUUGGCAAGGCAAUUUCAGAGAACAAGGAGAUUGAAGACUAUAGACCUGAAGACAUUUCUUUGUCUCUCCUGCGUAUGAUUUCUUACAAUAUCGGCCAGAUUUCUUAUUUAACUGCAUUGCAACUUGGGAUUAAGCGGAUAUUUUUUGGAGGAUUCUUUAUUAGGGGUCAUGCUUAUACAAUGGACACAAUUUCAUUUGCGAUCCAAUUCUGGUCAAAAGGAGGUGCACAAGCUAUGUUUUUGCGUCAUGAAGGCUUUUUAGGAGCUUUAGGUGCAUUUAUGAGCUACGAGAAACAUGGGUUGGAUGACUUGAUGGUCCAUCAACUAGUUGAAAGAUUUCCAAUGGGUGCACCAUAUACUGGAGGAAAGAUCCAUGGUCCUGCAUUGGGGAAUCUAAAUGAGAAGAUAUCUUGGAUGGAAAAGUUUGUACAAAAGGGAACUCAAAUUACUGAUCCUGUUCCGAUGGCUUCUCCAAGAACCACUGGUCUAGGUGGCUUUGAGGCUCCAUCAUCAAAAGGGGAUACCUUACGUUCGGAUGAAAGUAAUUUGAAUGUUGGUGUUCUCCAUCUAGUUCCUUCUUUGGAAGUUUUCCCCUUGUUAGCUAACCCAAAAAGCUAUGAACCAAACACUAUUGAUCUCGCAGAUCCCAAUGAACUUGAAUAUUGGUUCACUGUGCUAUCUGAACAUAUACCAGAUCUUGUUGAUAAGGCAGUGGCGAGUGAAGGUGGAACAGAUGAUGCUAGAAGACGAGGUGAUGCAUUUGCUCGUGCAUUUUCUGCUCACUUGGCAAGGUUGAUGGAGGAGCCUGCUGCAUAUGGGAAAUUAGGACUCGCCAACCUUUUGGAGUUGAGGGAAGAAUGCUUGAGAGAGUUCAACUUUUUUGAUGCCUAUAGUACUAUAAAACAGAGGGAGAACGAGGCGUCGCUUGCUGUUUUGCCCGACCUUCUCAUGGAGCUUGAUAGUAUGAGUGAGGAAACAAGACUCGUUACCUUAAUUGAAGGUGUUCUUGCUGCAAAUAUCUUUGAUUGGGGAUCUCGUGCUUGUGUUGACCUAUAUCACAAAGGAACAAUUAUCGAAAUCUAUAGAAUGAGUCGCAAAAAGAUGCAAAGACCUUGGCGGGUGGACGAUUUUGAUGCAUUUAAGGAACAAAUGGGUUUUGGAGCCCAAAAACCUCAACGUCAUAAACGGGCAUUGCUCUUUGUUGACAACUCUGGUGCUGACAUUAUUCUAGGAAUGCUUCCACUUGCACGAGAAUUCCUACGUCGUGGAACUGAAGUUGUGCUGGUUGCAAACUCUCUUCCAGCACUAAAUGACGUUACUGCAGUGGAACUUCCGGAAAUUGUUGCCGAGGCUGCCAAGCAUUGUGACAUUCUCCGGGGAGCUGCUGAAGCUGGCGGUCUACUUGUUGAUGCAAUGAUCAAUAUUCAAGAAGGUUCAAAACAGAAGCCAUCUUCAACUCGUUUAAUGGUUGUCGAAAAUGGAUGUGGGAGUCCGUGCAUCGACUUGAGGCAGGUUAGCUCUGAGCUAGCUGCUGCUGCAAAAGAUGCCGAUUUGGUUGUUUUGGAAGGCAUGGGACGAGCUUUGCACACCAAUUAUGAUGCCCGAUUCAAAUGUGAUACUCUAAAGCUUGCGAUGGUUAAGAAUCAACGGUUGGCGGAGAAGUUGAUCAGAGGGAAUAUAUAUGAUUGUGUCUGCAGAUACGAGCCUGCGAGAUAGAAAACCUUCUCCUUGUAUCGUUCGACUCCUGUCUUGAUUAACAUCUUUAAGAUCUUGUAUUAGAACGCCGUAUUCCGACCUUUGUCUAUAGAUUUAUUUUAACAUCUAUAGAAGGGCAUGUACAUUUCAAACAAAUCAUGGGUGCAUGCAAUAUUAUUCACAAAUGAAUCUUGUAA